AAAAAGAAAGGGAAAAAUAAAAUAAAAAAUAACGGGGAAAAAAAACGCGGCUGCUCUAUGCACCAAAAAACCAGAGAGAGAAGAGACUCUUUCUGCUAAUCGAUUCCAGCUAUAGAGAUCGCACCAAAGCGACCCCAAAACUUCAGGUUCCAAAAAUCAUUCUGUUUUUGUUAAAGAUCCUCUAAUUUGAAUUGGUUUAGUUUUUGGAAUUUAAACAUCAAUUUUCUAGUCGGUGCCGUGGAUUUGGAUUUUGUGAUCGUGUCUGGUUUUGAUCGUUCCAUUGGAAUCCUCGGUGGGUUUUCGGGUCUGUGAAAUGGGUCAGGUCCAGUUCUAUGGUUGGAUUUGCGGAGGGGGAGGUCUGAGGUUGUGGGCUUGAUUGGUUGGUUCUUUUUUGAAUUUAUUAUUUUUGUUCUUUUUUGAUGAUUUCUUUGGAAAGGAGAGAUGCGAGAAAAGAGCUAGGGUUAGGGUUUGGCAGUGGGAGAGAGAUGGAGGACACUGAGCUUGAAGAAGGGGAGGCUUGCUCAGACCAUAACAACAACGAUGGUGAUUAUGAUGCAAGCAUGGACCCUGAUAUUGAUCUCUCUUACCUAGAUGAGAAACUUCAGGAUGUCUUGGGACACUUUCAGAAAGAUUUUGAAGGUGGAGUUUCGGCGGAGAAUUUGGGGGCCAAGUUUGGUGGUUAUGGUUCAUUUUUACCUACCUAUCAGCGCUCUCCUAUUUGGUCUCAUCCAAGGACUCCGCCAAAAAUUCAGCACCACAAUGCACCAAAGUCUCCAAACAAUUCCGAAGUGGAGGGUGGCCGGCGUGUCUUAGUAUCUUCAUCAAUUGCACCUCAAUCAGUAAAACCUGAACCUGCGUGUGCUACUGUGGUGUCACUGACAGCAUCAAAAUCAUCCUCCUCCUCCAUGAUUACUUCAGCCAAACAAGAAGUAGGCAUGCCAUCUACUAAUCUUGCUAAGGAACAUAUUGCAAGAUAUGAAUCGGUAAACAGGAAAUCUGCUAAUAUACCGGACCAAAAAAUGCUGAAGGUUCGAAUUAAAGUGGGUUCCGGUAAUUUGUCGACACAAAAAAAUGCUGCAAUCUACAGUGGUCUUGGCCUUGAUGUGUCACCGUCUUCAUCAUUGGAUGAUAGCCCUUCUGGAAGUGAAGGGCUGUCUCAUGGUCCUCAAGAUUCACCAUUUGAAUCUCCUGCUCAUAUUCUUCAGAUAAUGACUUUCUUUCCAGUGCAUGGGGGCAUAUUGCUAUCACCUCUUCCUUGUGAUUUGAUUCAAUUGUCAGAAAGGGAAAAGCUUCAUAACGGCGCAUUGCCUGCCCUUACCAUUGGCCCAGAAAGUUCUGGCAUUAUAAUUAAUGGGUUGGAAUCUGUGAGAGGUGAUGGAAAAGUGUUGGGAGAAAAGAAAAUUAAGUCACUGGAGAGGAAUGAAGUAUCAGCAGAAUCAAAAAGUGAAAAUAACAGGGAUUUUAGGAGCGGUGUUGAUGCUUUGCCUAAAAAGGAGUUAGAUCUUGACACUUUGGCCUGUGAGGAACUUGUUUCUAACACAUUAAAGCUCCCACUCCUCUCCAAUUCAUAUUCUGUUCCUGAUGAAACAAAAGGUACAAUUAGGGCAUCUAAUGUACCCAGGGAAGUGUUCAAGGGUGGAGUGAGGGACAAAGGAUUUUCUGAUGUAAUAAAGGAGGAGCUGUUGGGGCCAAUGUAUACACAUGAAGAUGCCUGGAUUGAGAAUUCCAAAGCCACUUCAGCUGGAAAGAUCUGGGAAGACAAGAAAGCUAGUUCUUUUGACAGUGUUUCUGUAUAUCCUAGGAAAGAUGGCCAUCGAAAGGGAGAAAAGCCUUAUGGCUCUGUCAAGAGCGACUCAAUUAUUUCAAAGGGGAUGAAAGCUGUGAGCUCUGAACUGACAGACACUCCCAAGCAGAAGGCUGAUCAGAAAGUUAUGUCCCAUGAACAAGAAGGCACCAAGUUUCAUUCUGGAAAGGAGCGUUUAUCUUCUGAAGGGAAAAAGAAACUAAAAGGAAAUCAAAAUCGUGGAAAUGUGGUUGCGGAGAUGCUAAAAGAUGGCUUGGCAGGUGGCUCUUCUUUGGUGACCAAAAUUAAGAAGAGCGCCUCUGCAGAUGACCAUACAACUAAGGGAGAGUUGGAAGACACAAAAUCACAGAAGAAUACUGGAAAAGCUGGGGAUAGGUACAGAGACUUUUUUGGGGAUAUUGAACUAGAUCGAGAAGAAAAACAUAUGAGUCCACUGGCAAUGAGUCAUGAAGAUAGACAGAAAGAAUUUGACUUGGGUGAAAAGAGUGUAUGUUUCUCAGAGAGAUCAAGUGGUAAGAAAAUUGAUAAGCUGUCAACAUCUGAGGUGCAUCCUAAAACAGCUACUGGCAUUGGUUCCUGCUCUGAAAAUGGGCCCAUAUCUGAUGCUGGUCCUGCUGCAACUAUCCCUGCUGCAACACAAGAUAACUGGGUCUGUUGUGACAAGUGUCAGACAUGGCGGCUUCUUCCGCUUGGUAAAAAUCCUAAUGACUUACCUGAGAAGUGGCUUUGUAGCAUGCUUGACUGGCUGCCUGGUAUGAACCGAUGUAGUUUUAGCGAGGCAGAAACAACAAAGGCUGUAAUGGCAUUGAACCCUGUUCCUCAUCCAUUGAGUCAAAAUAAUCUGCAGAUCAAUCCCAGUGGGGUUAUAUCCAAAGUAACUUUGGUUGACGAUCAGCUGGAUCGGACUCACCAAAACUUUGGUUUGCAUACCAUGCCCACUGGUAAGAAGAAGGCAGGCAAUGGUCCUGCUCCAUUGUCAAACUCUGUGAAGAAGGGAAUACAGUCAUCAGUGGCAAAUGGAAGCUUGAAUGGUGUGAACCAACCUAUGGUAGGUGAACCUGAUUUUCUAAAAUUGUGCAAUUCUAGUGACUUGGCUGCAGAAAAACACAAAUAUAAGCAGAAAGAGAAGCAUAAAGCACUUGACAGCUGUUCUGAUGGAGGUGAUGUUAGGCAAUUAAAGAUGAAAGGCAAAAGGGAUUCUGAGCAAGAUUUAUUCAGGGCCUCCAAGAAAAUGAAAACUGAAGGUUUGCCACAAGAUUGGAUAUCGGAUCAAGUUAACAUUGAAAAAUUAGGUCCUAGCUCAAGUAAUGGUUUACCUUCUAUGUCAUCAGAAAAGAAUUUGCCCAAAAAACAGGGCCGCACUGCUUCUAAGGAUCAGACGCAAGUUUCUGCCAGAAAAUCAAAGGAUGAAGUUCUGAUGUCCUCAGAUGAUGUUCCCACAGAUAUAGGAAAGGGGGAUGAUAGAGAAGUUGGCAAGAAGAGAAAAGUAAAGGAAAGUCAUGAUUCUCAACGUAAUCCAGGCUCCCUUUCAAAUAUUCUCCAGGAUAGCAGGGCCAUAGACAAGGAGGAGUUCAGUGAGAAUGAAUACAGGAAAAAAAAGAAGGCCAGGGUAUCCAGGUCUGAUGGGAAAGAGUCCAGCACGAGCAAGGGCAGUGGUAAAACAGACAAAAAAGCUAGUCAUAGAAAGAACCGGCAAUUAGGGCAAGACAUGGGGAGUUCUGUGUCUCAACGAAGCUUGGAUGGCGUGGAUUCUUUGAAAAGGGAUUCUCGAUCUCUACCUCCUUCUGUAGCAGCUACUUCUAGCUCUUCUAAGGUUUCUGGUUCCCUCAAAACUAAAGUCAAUUUUCACGACACAAAGGGGUCUCCAGUAGAAUCAGUUUCUUCAUCUCCUCUAAGGGUUUCAAUAGCAGGUGGUCGGAGAAGAUGCUCAGAUGGUGAAGAUGAUGGUGGGAGUGAUCGAUCUGGGACAGCAAAGAAGGAAAAAAUUCUUGAUGUGCUUAAUCAUUUUAAUCAUGCUUCUGGUGGUAAAGCUAAACAGCAAAUUGUGCCUUCUCCUGAUGUCAGAAACCAUCACUUCGAAAAUGGUGGUGCAGAUUAUUUAGGUCAAGACACUCGGUAUCCUAGUAAAACUACCACUUCAGACCGAUGUCGUAAUGAUGAUAGACAACAUGAAAAUCAUACUAAUGGGUCCCGCCAAAGGAAGUCUGGAAAGGUAUCUUCUUCGAGAUCUAAAGACAAGAACAAAAAUUUAAAUUCUGAGUUUGACAAUGGUAAAGUUAAGGCUUCUGAUUCUGUUAAUGAACAACCACCUUCCUACGAAGUGAAACUGAAAGAUGGUAAAAAUAAGAUUGCAGAGAAGUUUGGGGUCAGUUCUGAUGAAGGUGAGAAUAGAUAUGUUGAUAAAAAGGACUCUGUGGGACCAUUGUCUAGUGAGAAUAGCAAGAAAGAGGGCCAGUCAAAAUUUCGGGAACACAAUGGUCCUGAUAUUAAAGAACAUGCUAUUUCCAGCCAUGAUACAAACCCUACUCCAAAGAAGAGUUUGCUGUUAGAUGGUGAGGCAACUGGGAGGGGGAAGUCACCAUCAUUACCUCCCUCUGCUGGGGCUCAGAAUGAAAUGUCAUCUCAUUGUCCUCGACCGGUUUCUGGGUCUCACAAAGAAAAUGGAGCAAAUAUUCCAGUUAAUGCUUUCGACAAUGGUAAUACAUCUAGAACACCAAAACAAAUCAGAAAGGUUGAUCAUCCAAAUGGUCAUCAAAACAGUUCAAGAGAUCCGCUUUCAAAUGGACACAGGAGGGAUCUUGAUGCCCCAAGUCCAGUUAAAAGGGAUUCUUCCGGUCAAGCUGCUACAAAUGCUCUGAAAGAAGCUAAAAAUCUGAAGCACCUGGCUGAUCGACUUAAGAACUCUGGGUCAAGUCUUGAAAGUACAAGGCUUUACUUCGAGGCAGCUCUCAAGUUUCUUCAUGGAGCCUCCCUUUUGGAAACUGGCAGCAGUGAAAAUGCCAAAAUGGGAGAGAUGAUUCAGUCAAUGCAAGUGUACAGUAGCACUGCAAAACUCUGCGAGUUUUGCGCCCAUGAAUAUGAAAAAUCCAAAGACAUGGCUGCUGCCGCCCUGGCUUACAAAUGCAUGGAGGUGGCAUAUAUGAGGGUGAUUUAUUCUUCACAUUCCAGUGCAAAUAAAGAUCGAAAUGAGUUGCACAAAGCUCUACAAGUGGUUCCUCCAGGCGAGUCUCCUUCUUCUUCUGCCUCUGAUCUUGAUAACUUGAAUCACCCAGCAGCAGUGGACAAGGGUUUCCCAGCCAAAGGUAUUAGCUCUCCUCAAGUGACUGGAAGCCAUGUCAUUGCUGCACGAAACCGUCCCAGUUUUCUACGGUUGCUCAAUUUUGCUCAGGAUGUAAAUUUUGCUAUGGAAGCCUCCAGAAAAUCACGGAUUGCCUUUGCGGCAGCUAAUGUAAGCUUGGGAGAAACCCAACGCAGAGAGGGUAUUUCUUCCAUUAAAACAGCUCUUGAUUUUAAUUUCCACGAUGUAGAAGGAUUACUACGUCUGAUAAGGCUUGCAAUUGAAGCCAGUAGCCGCUAAGGAACCCAGUUGUUUGUGGAGAUUGUAUCAAUUUUGGGAGAAAAUGAAAGAGAACUAUUUUUGGCCCAGAUCUCCCUGUUGAAGUAUUUGAAACUUCUGUUGUGAGACCUGUUAUCACUGUCUCACCAGCUCAGUGUUCUAUGUACAUGUGUAUUAUACAGGAGAAAAUUCAAAUUGAGUAUAUUUCUUCAUCAACUUCAGCUGCUUUCUGAGACAAAUGAGGACCAUACAUGUCAAAUCCAUUUGAGGAUUGCUAUUAACGAAAUCUGUUUAUCAACUUCUAGAGAAAUGGUCUGAGGUUGUAAAAAGUGGCAGGUUUUUUGUGGCACUGUAGGAUUGUGUUUGAAGAAAUAAACUAAUAAACAUAGACAAACCCAAUUAUAAAUAUGUUCGGGGUUGUAGAAUUCUGAUAGCAGAGUGAGCCAUCUUUCUGGCAAUUGUUUUUCCCCAGGCGGAGGUCAAUAUAGCUGUCUCUUAAUGCGCUAGUUACAACUUGUUUGGAUACAUCUUAAGGAUGCAAGCUGUAAAAUAUGUCUAUUGACAUGACAUCUUAGUUCUACAAUGAGGCUGCAUUAACUUCCUUGGUUCAAGCAUUGUGUAAGGAUGGCAUUGAGGUGGCAGUCUCAGGUUAUCUGAUAAUUGCAGUUAAGACAAUUUUCUCUUUGUUGUUAACAUAGAAAAGCAGGAAGAAGUUGGACUAGUUGUGGAUUCAGAAAUAAUUUUGCAGGCAUGUUACCAAGUUAUUUCCUUUUAAGUGACUAUCGUAAUUGUAUAUAUGCAAUCAAGUAGAAUGCGAGCUUCAUUUUUUUUCCCCUUUUUUAGGGUGGGGAGUUAAUUCAUGCCAUAUCCGCCAGUUGUGAGGAUUUAACCGAACUUCAUUCCUUCAGCAGCUGCCUGUGCCUUUUAUCCUCAUUCUGCGUGCUUCCAGAACUCAAGAUCAGACUUCCCUCGACUUGUUGAGCAUUACUUGCAGUUCUGAAAUGAUGUGGUGUAACUGUUGAUCAGAUGAUGCGAAAGAGGUGGUUUUGGUUUCAAGUUCAGCCAAUCCGGGCAGUUUUGGCAAGCAUACCAGCUACUGGAUAUUGAAGUAUUAAUCUUGAUGAAGUGCUUGUAUUUAUAUUGGCCCCUCAACCCAACUGCUGAUAUUGCUUUGUUCAUAUUAAUUGUAAAGUUAGCGACACGUUAGAUUCUGACCAACCCCUGCCCUUCUCCAGGCCAUUCCCACCCCAUAAAAAAUAAGAAGAAAAUCCAACCAACUUACCUCACCUUCACUGUUACUUGUAUAAAAGCAGCAACAUUUAUUUAAAAAAGUUUUGAUAUUCUUUUUUCUUUUC